GUGGAGACGCCACAAGCCCACCGACGGCCGCAAGCUCGACACCGAGUUCUGCGGCGACAUCAUCAAGCGCAACAAGAACCUCGGCCUCGUCGAGUACAAGUUCCUCCUCAAGGCCAUGGUCUCCUCCGGCAUCGGCGAGGAGACCUACGCCCCGCGCAUGAUCUUCGAGGGUCGCGAGGAGAACCCCACCCUCCGCAACGGCCUCCUCGAGAUGGACGAGUUCUUCCACGACACCAUCGGCAAGCUCCUCGCCUGCUCCAGCGUCAAGCCAGACGAAAUCGACCUCCUCCUCGUCAACGUCUCGAUGCUCGCCGCCGUCCCUUCCCUCACCUCCCGCAUCGUCAACCACUACAAGAUGCGGGACGACGUCAGGAUGUUCAAUCUCACCGGUAUGGGCUGCAGCGCCAGCUUGAUCUCCGUAGGCAUUGUGUCGAACACCUUGCGUGCACAAAAAAACAAGGUCGCCCUCGUCGUCACUUCCGAGUCGCUCAGCCCCAAUUGGUACCGGGCAACGAAAGAUCCAUGAUUCUCGCUAAUUGCCUCUUCCGAUCGGGUGGGUGCGCGAUUCUGCUCACCAACAAGCGGUCCUUGAGGCACCGCUGCAUCUUCAAGCUCAAUACCCUGGUCCGCACACACCACGGCGGGAAGGAAGAUUCGUACGGGUGCUGUAUCCAGAAGGAGGACGAACAGGGGAGGCUCGGGUUCCACCUGGCGAAGAAUCUGCUCAAAGCUGCAACCCGGGCGUUCGUCGACAAUCUCAGGGAAAUCUCCCCCAAAAUCCUGCCGGUCAGGGAGCUGGUCCGGUUCGUGGCGGUGUACUCGAUGAGGAAAUUGAAGACCCUCGCGGCCGGAUCUGGGGCGAAGAGGGGGAAGCCGCCGGUGAUUAAUUUCAAAACAGUGGUGGAGCACUUCUGCAUCCACUCGGGCGGGAAGGCGGUGAUCGACGGGAUCGGGGCGAGCCUGGAGCAGAGCGAGCACGAUCUGGAUCUGGCGAGGAUGACGCUGCACAGGUGGGGGAACACGAAAUCGAAACCCGAAAUGAGACAUGUAAGCGGGCCUAAAUCAAGAGAGACUUUCACUCGAGGCGUCUCCACUGAUGAUGGUUCACUAGAACGUGAAUGCAAUGGUGAUUCUCUGAACCGCCGCCGAUUCCUCCUCCGCCGGGGAACCCAUAAGCCAUUUUUUAUCUUCUUUUUUUCUCUCUGUUUCCGGAGGGGAUUGUGGGAAGGGAUGUGGUGGCGGAGGAGGAAGCUACUCUUUCAAUUUGUGAUUAUAAUAAUUUUAUUUAUUUAUUUUACUUUACUUUAUUGUGAAAAUGAGUUGGAAAUGGUAGAAGAUUAA